AUAUACACGGUUCCACCAGUUCCACUAUCGGCCACUUCUCAACAACAAGCCGGACUUGACUCACUCACUCCCCUUUUUUCUCUCUCUGCGGUGCCCCUUUUUUUUGUGUUUUGUUUUCUCCCUUUUCUUUUCUUGUUCGGAACAUUUUGGCCGGACCUCAGUUCUUUCUCUCUGUGCGUUGUGUUGUGUGUUGUGUGUCUUUGUGCGACGUGUGUGUGCGUGUUUAAGGGAGGAGAAGAAUACGGGGCGCAACGAAAAUAGACGCGUAUUCAAAUUAAAUCAAAACGAUACGUUUGCAACAAAAAAAAAAAUACAAAACACAAAACAAAGGGAGGGAAACUUGUUGAUGUGAGUCCCGUUUGCACUUUGGUGCGUUACCUAAAGUUGUAAAGCGUUUCAAAGGGGGAAGGGGAGAGUGUGUGAGAAAAGAAAUCGAAGAUGCGAAGUCAAACGACGACGACGACGACGGCAAACAGCCGGAAACGAGUGCGUGAAUCGGCAAACAGCGUCCGAUCGACUCGUCUCAAAACGGGACGUCACGCGCGGCCUUCGCUGGCCCCCGAAUUGGAUAUGAAAAUGGACGACAUGGACGACGAAAUGACGACCAUUUUGCACUUGGAAGAAUUGGAAGAAGAAGAAGAAUCGUUCAAGAAGAAGAAAAAAAUGAUGACCAUCAAGAAGAGCCCAAAAAUCGUUCAACAUCCAGCAGCCACAGCCGCUGCCGCAGCCGCCGCGGUCAUCGGCCCUUUGUCAGAUGGAAGGGCAUCAAGCGAGCAAGACCAGACUGCAAUCGUGACGCCAUCCAAAAACCGAAAACAGGCGCUGCUUCAGCAACAGCAGGUCGCUAAUGGCUUUCCGGUGACCGUGUUUCCACCUGCCGCCGAUAACAAUAACAGCACUCCUGCCGGACCCUUUCAGCAACGCCUCACCAAUAACAACAACAACAACAACAGCAACAACAAUAAGAACAGUAAAGGAGUUGCCAACAGCAAGCCGGAACACAAACCGGCCGUCAUCAUCGCAAACCGAACAGCUAAAGAAGCUCCUCCUCUUUCUUCUUCUUCUUCUUCUUCUGUUUCGACCAGACGGGACGGUGAUGAAGCGACAGCGGCCAUCGUUGCGGUCACAUCAGCCGCCGUGUCCAUUCGCCGACAACAAAUGAAAGACGCUUUCCAGCCUUGGGUUAUGCAGACGUACGGAGAUGCGGCCAAAACCAAGACGAUUUCACGUCGCAAAUCGGAGCGAAUCGCCCGCAUUUUGAGGGGCGAGGACCGAUCGAACGGGGCCGACUCGUCUAAAUUUCGUUUCUGGGUACGAGCCAAAGGUUUCCGUCUCGGUGCAAAUGGAACUGCUGGCAACCCAACAGACUCCUCCUCCUCCUCCUCCUCUUCUUCUUCUUCUUCCAUUUCAUCGGACCUCAUAUCAGCAGAGGGUUCGCCUUUUCCUGGAAACGGCGGCAACGACCCGACGGCACACGACGACCUCUACGUCGUCACCAGCACCACAAAGGACGAAGCAGGCGGAGAAGAUCGGCCCGUCUACAAAAAAGUGGCCGUCGUCGAAGACUUCUUCGACAUUAUUUAUAGAGAGCACGUCGAAUUCAUGAGCAACAGCGGCGGACGACCGCCAACGGGCAAACACGCCGGACAGAAACGGACGUAUCGCGCUAUAACAGAAAUUUACGCGUUCCUGCCGCGAGAGGCUGUCACGAGAUUCUUAAUGCAAUGCGCCGAUUGCCAACGACGCGGCAACGGCGCUUCAUCCGCCGCCAACGUGAUCCUUCCAUCGUCCAGCCAACUCGUCGCAGGAGCACAAGGACCAGCCUCUACUCCUACUCCUACACCCAACAGCGUCCUGCCCAAUCAAAGCGUUUCGCCUGGGUCACCGACUCCCCCGGCAUCCCCGCACACCCCGGCCAACGUAACGGCCACGGCUGCUCCUGCCACCGUCAAGUUGCACCACCACCACCACCACCUCCCACCGACGCCGCCGCAGUCCAGCCGCCAUAGCGAUAGCUGGUCUCAACAACAGCAGCAACUUCGGCUGUUGGGGUUGGGCCAAGCUACUCCCAUCCCUCCUACCCCAUCGACGCUGCUGAUGGGUUUGGCCGUGACGACAAACAACAUCGACCUGAGUCUGCCAUUGACCAGCACGCUCCUCAAACGCGCCACAUUGGCCGGUGUGUCCCAUCAACAACUUUUAGGACUGGAUCGUGCCGAGUCGUCAUUUAGCUCGGCUGGAAUAUCUAGUCAGCAACUACCCCGAGGCAUGACAGCUGGAUAUCCAGUGGAUCAUCAAGAGAUCAAUCCAGUGUCACAACAACAAUAUCAGAGCUCUUCUUCUUCCACGUCGAAUUGCAACGCAACGAUGACAACAGCCUAUACGACCAACGAUCCCACCAGCCCCAUCACGUUGGAUUUGUCUUUGUCAAAAACGUCGACCACCGAUGUCGCCAUGUGUGACGAUCAUUCCCCAAACGGAACUGUCAAAGACGAGGACGACGAAGAUGACGACGAUGUUGAUGACAGGAUCGACACCCAGCAAGAUCCAGAACGUCUCAAAGCUUUCAAUAUGUUUGUUCGACUAUUUGUUGACGAAAAUCUAGACCGGAUGGUCCCCAUUUCACGACAGCCACGUGAGAAAAUUCAAGCAAUUAUCGAUUCGUGUUUACGUCAGUUUCCAGAAUUUGGCGAAAGAGCGCGCAAACGUAUACGUACCUAUUUGAAGUCGUGUAGACGCCAUAAGCGAACGAGGGAUCAUCCAGAUGCUCCGUAUUCAGUGGCUGGUGCGUUGCCAUCUCCGAAUAGACCAAUGCCAUCUCACUUGACGUCGGUCGUGGCUGAACAAAUCCUAGCACAGGCCUGUGAAAAUGAGAAUCAAAAUGCCAAACGGUUACGUCUAGGACUCGAACCAAUCAGCCAGCCUUUACCACCACCAACAACUAAUAACGAGGGAUCAAAUGUUUCAAACAGCCCAACAACAUUUGCACAACAAUCGGAAGCAGCCCAGAGUUCACAGUCUACCAUGAUACCAACUUCAUCUGGAAUAAAUCUGUCCUCUAGCCAAACGACCAAUUUGUUCCGACCGGCAUUCGGGCCAUACCAGAGAUCCAGCAAUAAUGGAAAUUCUCAACCAACAACUUCCAUUAAUCAAGGUCCGACAGAUUUGAGUACAAAAUCCCGGCCGGCUUCUGCUAUUUUGGCGCCAGCAACAACAAAUGGCUUACCCAGUCGCUCGUCGCCAUUGCAACCACAUAAACUGAAUGCUGCAGAAAUUCUGGCUGUUCGUCAGUUAGUCACUGGAUACAGAGAAUCGGCAGCUUUUUUGCUUCGAUCAGCAGACGAGUUGGAACAAUUGCUACACCAACAGCAAUCAACAAAUUGAAAGCAAACGUUUUCAAUGUCAAUUUUACACGUCUUCGCGAGAAAUUUAUAUUAUAAAAUAGAUUAUAUGUAUGUGUUUAUUUUGUGUCUCGGCAACAAUGUGCAAUUUUCGAAAAACAAGCUAGAAAAAGAAAGAAAAUUCAUUGUUUUUUUCCCUGGUUGGAGUGAGCCAAAUUUUCUUCCUAUUCCCCAAGGUUCGAAUCCAGAUAAAAAGUUCCUCUGUCGCUGUUCAACAACUCCUUAUACGUAUUUGCUUGUUCUACAGAAAGAUCAAAGAAUGUUUGUACACAUGUUUGUAAACAAUUAACUAUUAAUAAAAGUCGAAAUAACCGAA